AUGUCAUCGUCCUCUCUAAAUUCUCCUAAACCAACAAUACCAGUUCUUCGUGGUUCAAAAUUUUCUCCAUCACUCGAAAAAUCUUCUCAUCAGCAUCAUCAUCGUACUACAUUUCAUUUAUCAAAUUUAUUUCAAUCGUUAACAAAAUUCAGUCGAAAUAUUCGAACAACGAAUUCUUUCGUACGUUCAACAUCAACAAAUUCCAAUGAUCCAAAUAUAAAAUUAACACGACGUUCAUUUACAAAACAUGAUUCAUUAUCAUCAUCAAUAAAUCGUCCAUCAUCUUGUUUUAUUCUUCUAUCACCAGCCAAACAAGAACAAGAAACAUGUUUAUUCUUUCAAAAACCAAUCGAUGAAAAUCUUUCACCAAAAUCAAAUUCCACGUCAUCCUUCAGUAAACUAAAACGUGUUUCAUCAUUUCUCUUACCAUUAAAACGUCGACAAUCAUUAUCAUUGAAUCAUAGUCUUCAUGAACGAUCAUUCAAAGCAAAAGAAUCAUCGAAACGUCGUUCGCGUCUUCUCAACUAUUCAAUAUUUAAACAUAAAAAUCCAAUUUCAACAAAUUAUAUUUUACCAUUAGGAACAUUUGGAUAUAGAAAACAUUCAAAUCCUAUUAGAUUACAGGAAAAAUAUUUUAUUAUUCUAUUUGACAUCAUUCAAAUAGAUCUUAUUUUAGAAAUAAGAUUAAAUAAUAUCUUAUUUAAUAAUUACGAAUCCAUACUAUAUAAUACUCCAGAUUGGGCAUUUAUUCAAUCAAUAAAAUCAUUUUAUGGAAUUCUUUUAGACGAACAAACAUUAACUUUAUUUCAGCCAAAAUUAUUUGAAAAUAAUCUUUACGAAAAAAUUAUCUCUUAUGAUUUUAUUUUUAUGCCAUUUCAUCAUAUUAAAUAUGAAGACAGUUCUUUUAUUCAUAUUGGUUAUGAUUCAUUAGCACCAACCACUAUACGAAUACCUUUAACAUGGAUAUCGAAUAAUAAUUUGUAUGAUUUUCAAAUAUCAUCAAAGUUCACAACAGUACGAUCUACAACUGAACAACAAAAUACAAGAUUCAUGAAUGAUCAUCAUCAACUAAUAGGUAACGCUUCAUUGAUUUCUGAAGCACUUCGACAUUAUCAACGAUUAGAAAAUGGAAAUAACGGAGAAACAAAUUUACCAAAACUAACUAGAAAAUCGGACAAACAUCGACGACCAUAUCAUAUAAGAGAAUGCAAAAUUCGACCGAUCAUCGUUCAACAAGCUGUCACACAUAAACUUAAACCAACAUCUCACCAUUUCGAUCCAAUUCAAUUACGUCGUAAGCAAUGUUCAUCAACAUUAAUCGAUGAAGAGAUUCCCAUAAUAUCGAAUCGUAAUCUUCAUUGUCUCGCAGCUUCUUCCUCCUCGUCAUCGUCCGGCUUUCGAAGUAAUUCUCGUUCAUCAAGUAUACAAACAUCAUCGUUAGCCGGCUGUAUAGCUAAUACAGAAAUCCCUAUGUAUGCUAAUGUUGUCACAAUUGAAUCAUCAAAAUUAGUGGAUAAUAUACUGGAUGUCAAUAAAACACCUAAGCUAUGGUAUAAUCAAAAUGAACUACAUCAGGAUGGCUGGUAUCCAUCAGCUGAUAUACGAUUAAAACAAUGUCAAGAUAACUUCAAGCGAGCUAAUGUUAUCAAAGAAAUCUAUAAAACAGAACAUGAUUAUUUAGGACAUUUAAAAAAUUUAGUUGAUGGUUAUUUAAAAAAAAUGCGUUUACGUAAAGAUCUAUUUUCGGAGAAACAAAUUGAACUAUUAUUGGGAAAUAUUGAAGAAAUUUAUCAUUUUCAACAAGCAUUUUUCCAAUUAUUAAAGCUAUCGAUCAAUGAACAAAAUCCACAUGAAAGUCUUAUCGGAAAAUGCUUUCUUUUAUAUAAAGAAGACUUUAAAAAAUAUUCAGAUUAUUGUAUUAAUCAUCCAUUAUCAUGUUUAGAAUUAACUAAACUUGAAAAUAAUUUUAUUUAUCAAAAUUUUUUUGAAACAUGUCGUUUACAAGCAAACAUGAUUGAAUUAAAAUUAGAUGGCUUUCUUUUAUCACCCAUUCAACGUAUUUGUCAAUAUCCAUUACAAUUGAAUGAACUAUUAAAAUAUACAAAGAGUGAUCAUAGAGAUUAUGAAAAUAUUCAACAAGCAGUUAUUACAAUGCGUGAUGUCGCUAGUUUUAUUAAUGAAAGAAAACGACGAAUGGAAUAUGUUGAAAUUAUUCAUAAAUGGCAAUCGACUGUUGAAAAUUGGCAGGGAAAAAAUUUGAUAGAAACAAGUACACAAGGUCUUGGCCGAGCUGAUGCUUAUUUAUAUCAGAAUGGCAAAAAAGAACAAGUGACUUUAUUUCUGUUUGAUCAUGUACUUAUUAUUUGUAGAAAAGACCGACGAAAUUGUUUAAUUUAUUUUGGACGUGCUGAUUUAGAUAAUUCAGAAUUUGAGGAUCUUAUUGAUGGCAAAGUAUCACGCUUAGAUGAAGAAAACAUUGUGCACUUAUUAUUUGCUUGGCGUUUAUUUGAUAGUGUACAGAAUAAAAGUUAUUUAUUUUCACAUCGUACACCAUUAGAUAAAAUGCAAAUGAUCGAUGCGUUAGAAUACGAACGUGCCUAUGUAGAAGAAAAUCUAUCGAAAGGUUUAGAAAUUCCACUUUACACACGAUUAGCAACACUGAAAACGCAACAAUAUCUUGCUGAUCAACCAACACCACUGUCACGAUCAACGACAGCAACUUCGUUUCCUUUAAUAACAAAACCAAAUCGUUCAAUAUCAGCUAUACUUCGAACGAGUAAUUCACAAUGUAAUAAUCAAUCCAUAAUGUCAGCAACGACGAGUACAGCUAUUGAUCAUCCUCUAGUGUCACAACGUCGUUUUGCUCCAUCACGUAAAUCCUCAUUACCAAGAUUUGUACGAAGUUCAUCUCGAGAUUCAUCAGCUGACGAUAGUUUGCGUCCAACCAAAUCACGGUUUCGUUUUUGGUCAUAA